CCGCACCCCCCAUGCUAAUAUCCCUUUCAUCCGUGGAAACCGACACUCUAAAAAUACACAACGAGGCAUUCAACCUACGCCAGUUCAACUUUCUCCAGCGUAUCAAAAUCAAGGACUACAUGCGCACCAUAUUCCUCAAAAUAGCACAGAAUGUACAAACUCAUGAUCUGCAGGAGAUCACACAGGAACUGAACGGCAAAAUGUACAAAUUCUACGUAAAAGUAUACACUGGCAUAGUGUACAUCGCAUGCAUACAGGAUUACUAUCCGCUAGAUCUUAUCGAUACCGUGCUUGACAAAUGUGCGCACGUGCAUGCCGAGGGCGACGGCGACAUGAACGGCCUGUUGGAAGAGUACAAGGAUUAUAAAAUGCACGAUACGACGGAGAAAAUAGCAAAAGAGCUGGAGGAUACCAAAGUUAUACUCACGAGGACGUUGGAGAGCGUGGUGCUUAGAGGUGAGAAGCUGGGAGAGCUUACGGACUCGGCCAAAAAGCUUGAGCUUAAGUCCAAGAAGUUGUUUGAGAAGGCAAAGGCACAGAAUAAGUGUUGUAGUUUUUUUUAGUUGUUGUUAUAGAGCAGCACUGAUAAAUGCAGUGAUUUAUUAAAGAGCUUGGUUGAUUUAUUAUUCGGAGCUGUGGUAGGGAACAGUGCAUCGGUAUUAGGGGCAUGGACUGUGGUAGGGAACAGUGCAUCGGUACUAGGGGCAUGGACUGUGGUAGGGAACAGUGCA